AUGUCGAAUAUAAACUUAUUUCCUGAACUGGACGCUGAGCAGGAUUAUGACAAUGGACAUUACCAUGCAAAAGAUGAAGAAGAAGAUUUGAUUGUUUUUGGUUAUUCGUGCAAAUUAUUUCGUGAUGAUUUCUCUGCGAAAGCAAUCGACCGUGGACAAAGUCUGAUUCCAUGGAAUGGGGACGAAAACGUAAUGAUUGACAGGUAUGACUGUCGUGGACAUUUAUCGGAUUUAACCAUAUGGGAUAGUGAUUUAAUACGAAAAAAAGCAGGAUAUAAUCAAGAUGAAUACAUGAAUGAGGAAGAAAAACGAAUCGAAGACGAAUGUGAGCAAGAACGAUACUUAGAACUGUACAGAGACAUUGAAAAAGAAGCAUUACACCAAGAAGAGGAGUCGAAACGUAACAAUACAGAGAAGAAUGCUUACAAUCAAGUGGGAUUUAGCUAUCAAGAAUCAGAACAAUCAACAAAGAAAACAACAGAAGAAGCUCCACAACCACUUGAUGACGAUGAAUAUGAGCCAUUUUAUCCAUCAGAGAAGUUACAAAUACCCUAUGGAAUGGAUAUUCCCGAAUCGAUAAAAUUGAAUGCGGUAAUUGAAAAAACGGCGGGCUUUGUUUCGACAUCCGGUCUUCAAAUGGAAAUCGUCCUUAAAACCAAACAAGCCAAGAAUCCUCAAUUUGAUUUCCUUAAAUACGAUCAUUAUCUCAACCCAUACUAUCGUCAUUUGAUCAUCAUGAUCAAAUCGGGAAAAUAUCGACCGAAUGUUGACAAUAAUUCGAAGACAACUAUACAGAAGAAGAAAUCGAAUAAAAAUGGUUUCGAUCAGAGUAGUAGCCAUGAUGAAGAUGACGGUGGGGAUUCCUACUUGCAUCCAUUGUUACGUGGUAGUGGCGCGAAUAGUGAUAGUCCAUGUAGCACAAAGAAAGCCGAUGAAAGCUUACGCAUACCAGCUAUUCCAGUGAAUAUUCAUAACACUGCUUAUGGACAAUUGAUUAAGAAAUACGAACACCUGAGGCCUCGUGACAAAGUUGUCAAAGAAAAUGAAGACGACAAAAUGUCGCCCAGAUCGGAUGACGUCUCAUCACCAAGAUCAGAAUCAUCUCCGUCAACUACGGUCAUUCCACCACCGCCUGAUGUCAAACCCAUCAUUGAUAAAUUGGCGGAAUACGUAGCACGCAAUGGAAAGGAAUUCGAACAAUCCAUUCGAACAAAAAAUGAUCCACGUUUCGGAUUUCUCGAACGUGACCAUAUACACUAUAAUUAUUAUCAAUUGAAAGCGCAAUUGUGUGCACAAGAGAUAUCUCGAAGUAAAGCGGAAGAAGAUCAACAAAGUUUGUCUAAUAAUGAGCAAGUUAUUCAUGGACAAGGUGUAAAACUGAUGCUGAAAGCAACAGCGGAUGAAUCGUCAACGCCGACGUCAAGCCGUGAAUUUCAAUCCGAUGAAGAUUCAAAUUCCAAUCAACAAAAUGCUCAAGAUGACAAUGGCGAGUUUAUUGGUCCACGCCCACCUUCUCCGCAGUUUCUUGAACGAAUGCGUAAGCAAGAAGAACGGCGCGAUCGUGUUAAUGGCUUUGUUCGAGAUAAAAUCACUCGUGAUAAACAAGAAGAACGGAAACGAAAGGCAGAGAUGCUUGUGCAACAAUUGAAAAGUAAAACAAACGAUACUGUGUCACCGACAGCAGCUGUAACUGUUGAUUCGAACGAAUCGACAUCGACAUCGACAUCGAACAAUACCAAUCCAGUCUUGAUGGAGAAAUUACUAAAUGUUAAAAGCGAACGUUCAUCAUCAUCGGUAAAAACCUCACCACGGCAAUACCAUCGUUCAAAGCAGUCGAGAUCAUCGUCAAAAUCUCGAAAUCGCUCGAAAUACUCUCGUCGGUCAAGAUCGAGAAGUAGUCAUCGACGCGCGAAGCACUCAUCUCACAAACGAUCACGUACACGUUCCAAAUCUCGAAGUCGUCAUCGUUCGAAAAAAUCGAAAACUUCGAAAUCCAGUCGCGAUCGUCGCCGGCAUCGACAUCGCCGUCGUCGGCACUCCUCGUCAUCCAGAUCGACUUCAUCGACUGCUUCAUCGGUAUCUCGAUCGUCUUCAUCCACAUCUACCUCAACUUCUUCACGUGAUAGACAGAAGAAGAAGAAAGUCAAUCAUACUGAUGAAGAUCAGCAGAAGAAACCUCAAACAUCGUCCAAAUGGGAUCAGCGCGAACCAAACAAAGCGAAAACGGAAUCUAUAUCAAGUGAAACGAAUUCAGCUGUUUCAUCACUACCAAUGAACACUAGCGCUAUGUUAUCGAACAGUACUUCAACUUGA